UCAAUUAAUUGUUUUCCAGAAAUGGUCGAACAAAGAUAUCAUUCCGCAAGAAUAUCCGGAAUUCGGAAAGAUGGCGGCUGAUGUGCGAGCAAGAACUGACAAGCAUGGAACAAUAGCAUUUACUCUACCAAUAUCAUGUCAAAUCUGUUUGGGAAAAGUGAAAAAGCCAGUUUUAUGUCCAAACAAUCAUGUUUUCUGUUCACCAUGUAUGGAUGUUUGGUUAGAAAGAAAUAAACAAUGUCCUGCAUGUAGAACGGAUAUUAACACACUGAAACCCUUAAAGCAGAUUAUAGGUGGACUAAAUCAUAUAGAAAACGACAAGGACAAAAUGAGUAAUCCAGAUUUAAGAAAAGCAAGAUUUGACCUUCUAUUUAAGGAAUAUGAGGAUGAAUUUGAGAGAUUGUCAUCUGAACUUAAUUUAUUCAAAGCAGAAAAUGAAAUGCUUAGAAAUCAGCUGGCAAAAGAUGGAAACAGAAAAGUUUUAGGCCCAAGGGAUAAACCUUCUGAUGCUACAACAAUGUUAACUUUGACCAAAAAGUUACAGGAUGCACAAAAACUGUAUGAAAAGGUCAAAUCAGAUUUGUCAAAGGUUAAAGAGGAAAAUAGUUCCCUGAAGGAUGAAAAUAUUAACCUCAACCAUGAAAAUCAGAAAUUAAGAACUGAAAUGUCCAGCAGAUCUCCUCAUAGGUAUGGAAGAACCACAGUUUCAACCCUAGAAACAAAAGUGCAGAGUUUAGAGAAAGACAAUGGGAGACUAAAUAAAGCUUUGGAGAAAAGUGACAAAUAUAUUGAAGAAUUACAGAAAGAUGCAGAUAAUUAUAGAGGGAAGGACAGAAACCAAAGUUCAGCCCACAAAGAUUACUUAGCCAGUCAAGAGCCGUAUGAAAAUCCUUCAAAACGAAAGCUCUUUACAGAACCUGUUGUCAACGGUGAGUCUUACAGGCAUGCUUUGGAUGAUGAAUAUCUUAAGUCAUAUAAAACUACAAAAUCAAACUUAAAAAGCAGCAACGGAAGUAUAAACGACAGGGACUAUCUAAGUUCUUAUCAAUCUAAAAGCUACAGUAAAGUUAAUGGAAAGUCAGGAAAGAGGGUAACAUUUGAAUUACCACAUGACAAAAAUGUCACAACUUCCUUUGACCUAGAAAUGCCUAGUCCAAUGAAACAGCAUUCAUCUAUCAGCGUAUCAUCUCCAGUUAAAGGAGUUCUGAAAAAGUCACCGAACGAUUCUCUGAAUCUGUCAAAACCCAGCAGUAUUGAAGACAAUAGAAGUUAUAAAUCUUUCUCUAAAGAUGACAGUGAUAUUUACGUUCCGAAGACUAAGUCUUAUGAACGAUCCGAUGACAAUUUAUGGAAAAGGUCAUCUAAUGGACAUGAUGAAAGUUUAAAUGAUAGUUUUGCACUUGAAAAUCCAUGCAAAUCUUAUAGAACAGAUAAAGGAUUUGACGACACACAACAGAUCCAGAGGGAACUGGAUGAUCUAGAUAUUUCUCUUACACCGGACUUUACUGACUGUAUGAAGUUACUUAAUCGUGCUGAAAAGAAAGUUCACAAUCUAAAUGAUGAUUCCAGCAUGGAUUUACCGUCCAAAACCUAUCAAAAUACUGAUAACUUUGUUGACGAUUAUAAAACAAAAGAUCUUCACGACUUUAAGUCUAGAGAUUCAUUACUAGAUGAUAUAGGGACAUACGUACCAGAAAGUACAUACUCUUCAAAAUACUAUAACAGUAAUGGUCCAACCAGCAGUAGUGAUUUAUACGGCCCAUCUAGUCUUCCCUCAUACAGUGCUUCUUACAGAACAGGAAGUGAGCGUACAGAAAGUGCCUUGCCAACAGACAUGAAAUACACAAAGGACUAUCCACAACACAGAUCAUCUUUGGACUCACUCAAUUUAAAAGAUAAUGAUAUUGGAAGUACAUAUUCAUCAUCUAUAAACAAAAAAUAUCCAACUUCUCUAAGGUUUGGAAGAAGUCCAUCGUUAGAUAAUUUAUAUAUGUCUAAACCAGCUGAGAGUUUAGUAAGCCAUACAGCUGAUGACAUUCCCAGAGACUACAAAGUACGAAGCUCACUGCCAAGUUACAGCGCUUUUCGUGAUGAUAGUCACGGUAAGGAUUACAUGUCCUCACUUCCUCCUAGGCCACAGUCUGUUAGAUCACGAUCUUAUUCUGAUAUGGGUACAACGGUUUCUUCAUUAUCACGUGGUAAACCUAGUAUGUCUAAUAUUCCCAGCACUUACCCCGUUAGUUCUGAUGGCAUCACCACAACGUCCUCAGCAUUGUAUAAUGGUGAUAAACCUUCUAUGUAUACAACUAGCACUCACGGGCCGGUUAAAGCACAUUCAACAUUUGCCUAUACAGAUGUUGAUUUAGGUGUUAAUCCAAGAAACAGAGCUUCAUCAGACGGUUUGAGAACACGGUCGUCAAGUUUAGACAUUCCAUUAACAGAUUUAACCAAGUAUAGCUCUACCACCUCUAAUCCUGAGUAUCCCGUCUCAUUUUCAGGUACACAGUAUACAGAUUCCAACACAAGAUACAGUUCCUCAGCAUACAUACCAUCGUCUACAGCCUCCCUCAAACCUAUACAAGAAUCGGCCUAUAGCUAUAUCUCCAAUAGCUCAAGUCUAGGCAAUGGUACAGACUCUUACCUUCCAGAACCAAAGAAAAGGUUGUUUGACUCUAGUGAUGACUUAGAAAUGUCACUUAGUCCUAUCAAGGCUACACGUAAAAUGUAAAAGAUCAUGUGUUAUUUUAUUGUGUUUCAUUUUAUUAUAUCAUAUGUUAGAUAAAUUGUGCUGUACAUCAUAAGUAUUUUAUGCUGUUUUUUACACAGGUUAAAUAACUAUUUUUGAAAAUCUUUUAAAUUGAUCAGCAGAUCAUAGGAAAUGUCACUUUAAUACUACAUGUAUAUAAUUACAUUUUAAAUCACUGUAUACUUUGCAUUACAAGACCCUUUAAAUAUCAAAACUGUUUCUAAAGUGCAAAGAUGUAGAGCAUAUAUUGUACUGUUCUGUUCAUCACAAAGGAAUGAAUUUGUCCUAUCAGGGCUACUUGUAAAUUUAUAAUCUAAAUCAUAUGUGAAGAAAUCGUAGCACUGCACAUCAUAUAUAUAUAUGAAAUACAACAUCAUUUAUUUAUACAUAAUACAUGUAAUUGAAAUUUAAAAAUAUUUCAUUAUAUGAAUAUUUUUAGCAGAUAUAUUUUUUACGUUAUCAUGGUUAUUUAUUAAUUGAAUUUUUUUUAUUUUAUUUUUUGUAAUUUGGCUAGAUAGAUUUUAAAGGGAACUGUUUUGAGGAUUAAGUUUUCAGAAAGACUAGGUUAUUUGGUUUGCUAAAAUGUUUUAAGCAUAGAUCACUUUUAAACUGAUAUUCUAGAAUUGUCCAAAAUUUAUGUAACUGUUGAUUUCACAUAGUUGUAUAUGACCUUGAAAUAAAUUGUAUGGAUUUAGAAUUUUUGUGUACAAAUGACCAUGAUGACUUUAAUUUAAUUUAUUUUAUAUAAUAUUUGUCCACCUUUGUAGACCAUUGAUUUUUAUAACAGUUGAUAUUGUUUACAAUUUAUUACUAUAUUUUAUGUGAUUACCUGUUAAUACACAACUCAAUCUUUGUUUACUUCUGUGUUUAUGAAGACAAAAUAUUUCCAGCAAUUUUUAGGUUGAAACAUUUACGAGAAAAAUUGUGUUAGGAACAUUUGUGAUGGCAACUUGAUUCUAAAAUAAAAUUUUAUGUGCUUUCAGCCUACUUAACACUGUUGAAAAUGUCAAUUUCAAUAUUUAGAUUUCAUGUUUUGGAAUACAUCUUUAUUUCUAUCUUCAUUUACUUAGAUUCUGUCAUCUGUCAAUUUAAUAUUAUUUUGUGCCAUUCUGGUUUUCAUCUCUAACCAUUUGAUAUUUUGACACCUCUUAUGUCAAGUCCUUCCCUAUUCUAAGUUUAAAGUCAUAUGACAAAUAUAAUAUGAGUCCCAUUUUUAUGGCUAGGAAUUAACUUUUUAUACCAUAAGCAAAAUUUUGGUUUAUAUCCAACAACAUUUCAGCUACGAACCUGAAUAUUCUUAAGAGCAGAAAAAAAAUCCAGUUGAUUUUAUUAGGGCUAUUCCAGAAAAAAAUGUAGGGGGUUAGGGGGGGAAGGCAGUUUUUGUCAGCACCCACCACCCAGACAAUUGUAAUUGAGAAUUAUAGUGUGAAAAGUUUCUCUGAUACCUACCAUUAUCAAUACAAUGUGCCUUCCAACCCCCCCAUACAUUUUUUUCUGGAUUAGCUUUUAUUAGAAUAUUGUACAUGUUGUAUACAUAUAUGUAAUAGACAUAGAUCAUUACAUUUUGCACUUAUAUUUAAGAAUUGAAUGCUUCUUUUUGUAAAUUUAUUGGGUGGUAAAAGUGUUGACCGAGGUACAUUUUGUAUGAAGCGCGGAAGCGCUUCAUUCUAAAAAUGUACGCACGGUCAACGCUUUUACAACCCUAUAAAGUUUCAAAAAGAAGUAUUCAAUACUUAUAAUUACAUUUUUUUAGCUAAAAUCAUGAAAACACGAUUUUUAUCAAGUUUUAUUUAAUUCACCUGUGCACUUUUUUGUGGGACCUCGUGUCAUCAUGCAUGAUAAAUGUUAUUGUCUGAUGCAAUUGUUUACGGAAUAACAUGUUAGCCAAUCAGAAUAACGUAUUAUAAUGAAACUUACAUCGAAUGUAAUUAUAUAGAAUUAUAUAUUUAACCAUACAUGUAUUAAUGUAAGAGUGAAAACAUUCAAUUGUUUAACUAGGUUUUUUUUUUUUUGAAAGCAAUGCAUUUAAUGAAUUGACACAUGCUGAAGAAAACAGAUGUAUACAUCUAAAUGUUAUUUAUUGUAUUACUGUGUCACUGAUCUAUACCUCACAUAUUUCAUUUAUAAUGUGAUUUAUAAUUUGAUAAAUCUCUGUUAAUCCUGUAAAUCAGGAUAAUCAUGAUUGUAUAUUUUGACUCAAGAAAAACUGUUGUUCAAUUCGUUAAAAGUGUAUUUAAAUUUUCUUUAGACAUUUUUUUGUAAUAUUAGAAAAUUGUAGCCUGCCAACAGCAUUAUUCUUUAGCCUUGUUUGGCCAUGAAUUAUUUGCAAAUUUUUGUGGUAAAUUUUUACAAAAAAUAUCAAAACCAAUAGAACUAAACAAGCACUUUGUCUUCUUGCAAGUAUUGAUAUUGAGUCCUGUUUACCUAUGAAUAUUAGAUUGUAUUUUCUUCAACUUAUAUUUUUGCUAUUGAACCACUUACUCUUACAGUUUGGUCAAGCUAAUAUACUGUAAAAGUGUUUUUUAUUGGAUUUGUUUUCAUUGUGGCCAGUUAGUCUGACUUAGUCAUACAUUUUGUACCAUUGAUAAAAUAGUAUUCAUAUUUAAUUAAUUUAUUAGUCAUUUGCAUAAAUACAUAGUAGUAAAUACCCAUAUGAUGAAGAUAAACUAUGAAUCAUCUACACUUAUAUGAUAAUGUCUAGAGCUCUAAAAUAUUUAUAAUGGGUAGCCAUUGUAUUUCUUGGUCACAAAACUUUAUCACCAGAUUUUCUACAGUAUAAUUGAAAUGGAAUAAAAACUAAACAGCAUUUGCUUAGUAAUAAGUGCAGUUGUGAAUUAUAAUAUUUUAUGUGAAUUAGAAAAUAUUUGUAAAAUUUAAAAGGUAGAUAGGAGGAAAUUGGAUUUCAUAAGGACAUAGAUGCAUGACCCAAUAUUUUAUAACUCUACUUAUAGUAAGUAGUAUGCAUAAUUCACUGCACAUGUAUAUUCCUCUGCACUUGUUUUAUAUACAUCACAUAAUGUUAUCCAUCUCUUUGCAUUUAAGGUGUUGGCUAUUGUACAAAGCAUUUCAAAGCAUUUACAGAAUUUUAUUUCUGACCUAUGGUGCUAUUUAAUUUUAACAUAUAUUUUACAGUUGUUUUAUCGCCUUACCAGGAACUCAAACAGGAAAGUGCCCUUGAUAACUUCUGCAUCUUUUUUUAUACUUAAAAAAUGAAUAAAAAUUUUAAUAUUUAUUCUCAUUUUCAUAUCUAUAAAGGUCAAUUGAUACCUCAUUGAGUAUUGCUUUCAAAAUCUGAUUUUGUAUUCAGUAUCAAACUUUUAUGUUAAAAAAAAGCAAUAAGGGUCUGCAAUUUGUGGCAGCCAUCUGAAUUUCUGAGUUGGUAUAGAUUUUAAAUAAAAUUAGCAACAUUUAAAAAAAAAUACAUUUAAUUCAUGUUUUCAUAUUAUAGUUCAAUUUAUCCGUCCAAAAAAGUUUUUAUUGUUUUAAAAUUAAAAAUGACUGGAUUUUUUUUAGAAGAGGACUAAAAAAUGUUUUGGGUGUAGUUAAUCAUGAUGUUGAUUGCUCUUGAGAGAUAAGUAUCCACCAAAAGUAUGAUUAGAACAGUUGUGUAACUUGUGUUAUUGUUCAAUCAUAUAAAAACUUUUAUAUUUAGUAUUUGUAAUGCCAGCUGAGCAGAAUAGUUUAUUUAAAAGUCAUGAUUGUUAGAAAAUUAUUCUUCACAAUAAUCUCCAUCUAUUAUUUUUAAUAAUGAAAUGGAAUUUCUUUCCUCUACACGGUAAUCUGAAUUCUAUAAAUACCCUGUUUUUUCGUUCAUUAGGUGUGUGUGUAAAGAUGUAGACAACUUGACUUAUCAAAUUUAAAUGAAAAAUAUACUGUGCCAUAUUCUUAAUUAGAAAUAAAAAUUGUAAUUUAUUGUACCUUGAUUAGAAAUUUGUUCAUUAGUUCAUUUUCCAACCAAAAAAAAUACAUUUGCUAUUUUUCACUUUUUUCUCUCUCUAAAAUCCACAAAACUCUGAAUAAAUUUGAAUGGCCUCAUCACUUAUGUUUGAUAGCAGUAAAAAAAAAAGUCAAUGUAUAAGGACCAAUUUUGCAACAGGGUUUAUUAUUUAAGUGAGAAUGACUGAACCUUAAAGGAAAUUUUAAUAAAGAUUGUAUAACUUACUUUUUUUAACCAAUUUUACACAUUUUAAAUGUUUCAUACCAUAUUAAAUUAUAUUAAUUGUAUAGUAAUUUAUUCUGUACAGAUUCAGUAUGAAAUACAGAUUUAGCAUUGAAUACUUUUAUUUAUUAAAUAUAUGUAUAUUGUGUUUAGACUUAACUUUUAAUCUUUGUCACAGAAGCUGAACAGGUAUACUGUAAAUUCAUGAUUUUACUUUAUGUAUGUAUAAUGAACAGUGAGUUAUCAAAAAGUACAUAUUAUGCAAGAUUUUUUGUGAUACUGAUACAUAUUGUAGCAGAAUAACUGACAAAAAUUAAAAUGCUAGUUUUAA